AUGUCUUUUCCAGCCGACUUUGUCUUGGUCGGCGGCGCAGCCACAAUAUUUGAAGGCCACAAGAGGUCGACAACCGACGUCGACAUCCUGAUCCGGUCUCAGACCGUUAUCGACUCUCUUAGCUCCGUUGAGGGCUUCGAGGUGAUUGGGGGCCGGCUCUCAUACCGAGAAGUCAUCGUUGAUCUGCUCACCACCAUUGACGACCGUUUCACCUAUCAUCAGGUGGACGGGUACGUGCGGCACGUGGAGGGUGUUCGUGUGUUGCAAACCGACUUCGCCCUAGCCAUGAAGAUCAGGUGCUUCUACCUCCGUUCCGAUGAUUCAAACGGCCUUGAGAAGCAGCAAACCGACCUAUUGGAUGCUGUAUUCUUGGCCAAGGCAAUGAAGAAGGCUGGCCAGACCAUCUGGGACAGUUGUGCGACGCUGUUCCAGAUCGGCUGCUAUCACGCUGUUCUGGUCCGGCUCCAACUGAAGUUCAACGACUUCAAGGUCCUGGUGGACGUGAGCUUUGGGCGACUGGUCAUCCCAUGGGAGGCGAAUACGCCAGAGCAGCAGGAAUACUACUCCCUGGUUGCUCCUGAAGGCACCGAUCCGUUGACGGUGCCACUGGACGAGGACCUGUUCGAAAACCCUGGCGAAUAA